CCACUACUCUACUGAUGCCCCCACGUGUGUUUGUUUGCAAGCUCCUGGGCCUGGCACACAUCACAAAUUGGAGGCUCUUUGAUGGCCUUCACCCUCCACCACCACUACUUGCGUAACACCACCAACACAGGGCUUACUCCGCUACUCUCAUCUUCUUCCAGAUUUUGCUGUGGCCUCUCAACAAGGACAGUACCAAUGUCUACCUUGGCUACUUCACACUUUGUACCAAGAAGCUCACAUGUAUCCAGUGGAGCAACUUUGAGAUCAGAAAAUAAAACAAACUUGGCACAAAUAGGCCUAAGGAGCCAAACGGCAACUCACAAUGGCUUGAGAUCUUUAACAACUGUGGACAUCCUACAACAGAAAGCCAAUGGAAAAGUAACUGCCAGGCAAACCAGCAGAAAAGAGGCCAAAAUUGGGAGUGACAAGCCUUCGGGAGCCAUUAUUUGUGCAAGCGGGAUGAACUUGGUUUUUGUGGGAGUUGAGGUGGGCCCAUGGAGCAAAACUGGUGGGCUAGGUGAUGUUCUUGGUGGACUGCCACCUGCCAUGGCGGCCAAUGGGCAUCGAGUUAUGACAGUAUCUCCACGCCAUGAUCAGUACAGAGAUGCUUGGGACACUAGUGUGCUCGUUGAGAUAAGAGUUGGAGACAGAAUCGAGACCGUUCGCUUCUUCCACUGCUAUAAACGUGGAGUUGAUCGUGUUUUUGUGGAUCAUCCAGUGUUCCUGGAGAAGGUUUGGGGAAAAACGGGAUCAAAGAUCUAUGGCCCUAAGGCAGGAGAUGAUUAUCAGGACAACCAACUUCGAUUUAGCUUGUUAUAUAUGUGUGCUCGCACGCGGAUAGGUUUUGAAAUCACUGCCUUUUAUGGUACUCCUAUGCUAUAUGUAGAGAAGCCAACUGUCAAUUGGACCCACAAAAUUGGUUUCCAUGAAGCAGCUCUGGAGGCACCAAGAGUUUUGAAUUUAAACAGCAGUAAACAUUUCUCUGGACCAUAUGGUAUUCAUCUUUGUGAGGAUGUCAUCUUCAUCGCCAAUGAUUGGCACACUGCUCUCAUUCCAUGCUACCUGAAAACUAUGUACCAAUCCAGGGGAAUCUACAAUACUGCCAAGGUCACUUUCUGCAUCCACAACAUUGCCUAUCAGGGCAGAUUUGCCUUUUCAGACUUUGCACUUCUGAAUCUGCCUGAUCAAUUUAAGAGCUCUUUUGAUUUUGUUGACUGUUAUGAAAAGCCUGUGAAGGGAAGGAAAAUUAACUGGAUGAAAGCUGGAAUAUUAGAAUCAGAUAGGGUAUUGACCGUGAGCCCAUAUUAUGCCCAGGAACUUGUUUCUGGUGUUGAGAAAGGUGUGGAAUUGGAUAAUAUCCUUCGUAAGACUGGCAUAACUGGCAUUGUGAAUGGAAUGGAUAUCCAGGAGUGGAAUCCAGCAACGGAUAAGUACAUUGAUGUCAACUAUGACAUCACAACCGUUAUGGAUGCAAAGCCUAUCUUGAAGGAAACACUUCAAGCAGAAGUUGGGUUGCCUGUGGACAGGAAUAUUCCUCUGAUUGGCUUCAUUGGUAGACUAGAAGAGCAGAAAGGUUCAGAUAUUCUUGUAGCUGCCAUUCCGAAAUUCAUCAGUAUGAAUGUUCAGAUAGUGAUCCUGGGAACUGGUAAAAAACACUUUGAGAAGCAGAUUGAACAACUUGAGGUAUUGUACCCUGACAAGGCUAGAGGAGUAGCGAAGUUCAAUGUUCCCUUGGCCCACAAGAUUAUUGCUGCGUCUGAUUUCAUGUUGAUCCCAAGUAGAUUUGAACCUUGCGGUCUCAUUCAGUUACAUGCUAUGCGCUAUGGAACGGUGUGCAUCUGUCCCUUGACAGGUGGACUGGUUGACACUGUCAAAGAAGGUUAUACAGGGUUCCAUAUGGAUGCUUUCAAUGUUGAAUGUGACACUGUUGAUCCAGCCGAUGUAAUUAAGAUUGUGACGACUGUUGCGAGAGCCCUUGCAAUCUACGGUAGCCUUGCCCUAAAAGAGAUGAUCAUAAGUUGCAUGAAGCAAGACUUUUCUUGGAAGGGGCCUGCCAAGAAAUGGGAAUUGAUGCUGCUGAGCUUGGGCGUUGAUGGCAGUGAACCUGGAAUUGACGGGGAGGAGAUCGCUCCUCUUGCCAAGGAAAAUGUUGCCACCCCAUGA